AAUCAAAACUUUUUUCCUUUUUUUUUUUUAUUCCAAACGGGAUUCAAACUUUUCUCUCCAGUGACGAUGGAGCUGAGCGAGCAGCAGCUGAAAGUGGCAGAGACUGAGCUGAGGAGAUAUUUACCUCGCUCACUGCCGGUUUACGGUUUUUUGAUGCACAGAAACCGAGUCCGUUCGGAUCCUUUGGCGGUGUUUGUGGACAGAUGGCCUGUCUUUAACGUCCUUAUCUGCAGACCAACAUGUAGAGAGAAGGGCGACCUCUUCAAAGAUGUCCUUAUUUUUGCAAAUGAUAAAACCAGUCUUGAAGAAACCAUCAGGAAGUCGUCGGUCAUCGAUUGGACCAGGUUCCUCUGUCUUGGAUUUGAUCAAGGCUACACGGAAAUAUUUAAAUCAGUGGCGUCAGAAAAAGAAGCGCCGGGCCGUGAGCAGCACGUGUGUCGAUUGAUGUUCCUGCAGGAUGUUUCCAGCCUUCCUGAUAUAGACAGCUCGGGGAUGUCACUCAGCUCUCUGGACGAGUUGCACGUCAGCUUGGUGAAUCAGACGUGGAAGUUUUCCAAGAGCGAUCAGGCUCUCGUUCUGAUUAGAAACAUGAUCCUAAACUUCCCCUCCUGCUGCGUGCUGGAUGACGAAGAUCAGCCCGUGUCCUGGAUCCUGGUGUAUAAUAAAUGCUCCAUGGGCAUGCUGUACACGCUGCCUGAGCACAGAGGUAAAGGUUAUGCCAAAGUCCUGAUCUGCAGCAUGGCGAGGAGGCUCCACGCUGAGGGGUACCCGGUGUACUGCUUCAUCGAGGAGGAGAACACGCUCUCCCACAGGCUCUUUACAAAGCUGGGCUUCACUGAGGCGCCCUCAUACAGAGGGGCGUGGUUUGAGUUCAAUGAGUUUUAAAUACUUACAGCAGGGUUUUAUAUUCCACAGGAAAUAUCUCAAAUGAAACGCUGACAAAACUGAAAUUGCCAAUCUCUGUCUCGGUUGUUUCUCUUUUCUCUGUUCAUUGGAUGAUUGCUGCACUGUUGUUUUAUUUUUCAUGCUUUUUUAAUAGGAUUUUAUUUUUGUGUAUUUGACUGUUGGGAUUUUUCUUUUUUCUGUAAAGCACUUUGUGACGU